ACUUCCGGCUUCCUCCUCCCCCGAAGAGCAAGUCUAGUCUGCUGCAAUGGCUAAGCUCAUUCUGCUUUUCCUGAAAUUUCUUGUGCUUUUCUGCUCUGUCCGGGCUGUGUUUGAGGAUCAAGUUGGGAAAUUUGAUUGGAGGCAGCAGUUUGUUGGCAAUGUCCGCUUUGCUCAUUUUGACAAUCAGAUCCAGUCCUCCAAAAAGGUUCUUGUAGCUACAGAGAAGAAUGUUUUCGCCGCUAUCAAUACAAGAACUGGAGAUCUAUUCUGGCGUCAUGUUGAUAAGACUGGACCAGAGGGGAACAUCGAUGCUCUUCUGUUGCAAGGACAAGAUGCAGUAAUGGUGGUUGGUAAUGGCCGGUUGCUGCGUUCUUGGGAGGUGAAUGUUGGAGGAUUGAACUGGGAGGUUGUGCUAGAUUCUGGGAGUUUCCAGUCUGCUUCGUUGGUGGGGCAGCUGGAGCAUGUCAGAUAUGUGGCGGUUUUAAAAAAGACUGCCGUCUCCCUUCACUAUCUUUCCAAUGGACAUCAGAAAUGGAUUGAGAAUCUUCCAGAAAGUGACACAGUGGAGUACCAGGUGGUCUAUUCUGAUGGUACUGGAGAAGUUUUUGUUCUGGGUCUUGUCCCUAACUCUCAAAUUACAGUGGUGGUUUACAGCUUGGACGAUGGAGAAAUACUAAAACAGUUCACAAUUCAAGCUCCCUGGCUGUCUGACCUCGAGUCCAGCUGCUCUGUGAUUGGGAAGGGAAUGCUGACCUGUGUGGACCCACUGUCUCUGUCCUUGAAUAUUGUGGACCUGCACUCACACUCACAGAUGAGUCAGAUCUCACUGCAGUCAAUUGGUGUGGAAGUUUCUCCUGAUUUCCGCCCAGUGCUGGUCUCCUCUCAGCCCAACGCCGCACGACCUCCGCUCUCUGAGUUCUUCCUCCAGACCGGACCAGAUCAACACCUGCUGCUGCAACUGAACAAAGGACAAAUACUCACACUCAGAGAUUUCAAACCAGCAAUGCUGGUUUCUUUUGCUACGAGUGGAGAGAAGACAGUUGUAGCCGUUAUGUCACCCAAGAACAAAACAGCCUCUAGUAUUAACCUCUUCAGUGCCGAAACUGGACGCAGACUUCUUGACACAACUCUGAUUUUUACCAUGGAUCCAAAUGGAGGAAAUCCAGAGAAGCUGUAUGUGCAAGCGUUUCUGAAGAAGGAUGACUCAGUGGGCUACAGGGUGAUGGUGCAGACAGAAGACCACCAGCUCACUUUUAUCCAGCAGCCAGGGCGGGUGAUGUGGACCAGAGAGGAGGCCCUGUCUGAUGUGGUGACGAUGGAAAUGGUGGAUCUGCCGCUCACUGCCACACAGGCCGAGCUCGAGGGAGAGUUUGGCAAGAAGGCUGACGGUCUGAUGUCCAUGGUCCUGAAGAGACUGUCCUCUCAGCUGAUCCUGCUCCAGGCCUGGGCCUCCCAUCUCUGGAAACUCUUCUACGACGCCAGAAAACCACGGAGCCAAGUCAAGAACGAAGUGACCAUCGAAAAUCUGUCCCGAGAUGAGUUCAACCUGCAGAAGAUGAUGGUCAUGGUGACAGCGUCUGGAAAGCUUUUUGGCAUUGACAGCAAGACCGGCACCAUAGUUUGGAAGCACUACCUGCAGAAUGUCCCCUCGAAUGCAGCGUUUAAUCUGAUGGUGCAGAGAACAACGGCCCACUUCCCCCAUCCCCCACAAUGCACUCUGCUCAUCAAGGACAAGGAUACAGGCCUGGCCACGCUCCACGUUUUUAACCCCAUCUAUGGAAAGAAGAGCCACAUCACCCCCCCUCUGCUCCCCCAGCCCAUCCUUCAGUCCAUGCUCCUACCGCUGAUGGACCAGGACUACGCCAAAGUCCUGCUCCUCGUCGAUGAUCAGUACAAAGUGUCUGCUUUUCCAUCAACAAAAAACGUCCUCCAACAACUUCAAGAAGUGGCCUCCUCCAUUUUCUUUUUUCUUGUUGAUGCAAGUCAGGGAAGGCUGAGCGGUUACAGGCUGAGAACCGACUUGUCGACUGAGCUGAUCUGGGAGGUGGUGAUUCCAACAGAGGUGCAGAAGAUCGUCUCUGUGAAAGGAAAAAGGGCCAAUGAGCAUGUCCACUCCCAGGGCAGAGUCAUGGGAGACCGCAGCGUCCUCUAUAAGUACCUGAACCCAAACCUUCUGGCCCUGGUGACGGAGAGCACCGACCAGCACCAGGAGCGCAGUUUCGUAGGGAUCAUUCUCAUCGACGGAAUCACGGGCAGAAUCAUCCACGAGGCCGUCCAGAGGAAAGCCAGGGGUCCGGUCCACAUUGUGCACUCGGAAAACUGGGUGGUGUACGAAUACUGGAGCACGAAGUCCCGCAGAGUGGAGUUCUCUGUGAUUGAACUGUACGAGGGGAUGGAGCUUUACAACAGCACCGUGUUCAGCUCUCUGGACCGGCCCUUCGCUCCUCAGGUCCUACAGCAGUCCUACAUUUUCCCAUCAGCCAUCUCUGCCAUGGAGGCCACCCUGACGGAGAAGGGCAUCACCAGCAGACACCUCCUCAUUGGUUUACCCUCAGGAGGCAUUUUAUCUCUACCAAAGAUGUUUUUGGACCCACGCAGACCUGAGAUUGUAUCUGAGCAGAGCCGUGAGGAGAACCUGAUCCCGUACGCUCCAGAGCUGCCGAUCCGAACAGAGUGGUACAUCAACUAUAACCAGUCUGUGUCCCGGGUCAGAGGAAUCCACACGGUCCCCUCUGGGCUGGAGUCCACAUGUCUCGUGGUUGCGUACGGCCUGGACAUCUACCAAACCCGCGUGUACCCCUCGAAGCAGUUUGACGUUUUGAAGGACGAUUACGACUACAUGCUCAUCUCCAGCGUCUUACUGGCUCUGUUCUUCGCCACAAUGAUCAGCAAACGAUUAGCAGAGGUCAAACUACUCAACCGGGCCUGGCGAUAAACUGAGAAAAUAUGCAAAAUACAAAAGGAUAUCCCUUCUAACAGAGCCCCGAUGCUGCACUGUGAAGGCCCCCAGUCUUAAUACAAGCGAGUUGGCCAAGGAUAUGCCUGUAGAAAAUGUUUAGGUCCCUAUGUUUGACCUGUUGAAACUGCACUGAUGGGGGGGCGAAGGGAGUACAAUGACUUAUGUGUGUUUUUUAACUUAUUUUGAGAGAUAAUUAUAAUUGUGCCAUUAAAUUUAACUAAUAAAAGGCUAGAUUUAUUUAAAUUUAACUAAUAAAAGGCAAGAUUUAUUUAAAUUUGAGUUGCAGGUCAGGUAUAGGAAGUUAUAGGAGAUUUUUUAUACAUUAUCUGUAACAUGAAUAGAAAAUCAAUUGAAAGAUUAGAUUAAAAUUGAAGGAGAUGCUGGUACUAUCCGUCCUAUCCAAGGGUUACCGGAAUGAUGGGAAGUUAGCAUGAUUAACGAUUAACAAUUUUUAAAACUAAAUAUAUGUCUCAAAGUUCUCAAAAUGUCACAGAUAAUGGCACAGACUGUAUAUACAAAUGGACACGUUCCCAACAGGGAGUGAACAAGGGAUCGCUUUACUUGACAAAUUUUUACAAAAUUGUCACCCCUCUCUCUGUAACUGUUGCUGUGAGCCCUGUCAUUUUGAUUUUGGUCUUAAAAUUUUCAUAUUAACCUGCUCUAACCCGUGAUCCUGUGGUUUUUAUUUCGCUAUUUUGUCCGUAAAUAUAUUCAUAUUCCUAGGGUUCCCACUGUCAUGGAAAUUCUGGGGAAGUCAUGGAAAUUGAAAAUGUCAUUUUCCAGGUCUGAAAGGGUCAUGGAAUUUUGUAAACCCAAUUAAACUUUUGGAAAAGUCAUGGAAUUUUAGUAUCACUUUCCCGCAACUAUAGCGCUCUGUUAAAUUAUCAUUAGGCUAUUGCAAUUAUUUCCAAACAUCUGCGACUUUUGUUUAAAAGAGACGACAAUAAAUGCACCGACAGUAUUUUAAAUGUUAAAAAAACUAUAAUACCAAACCAUAAUGUGAGUGGAAAGAGUUAACAUUUCAUAUUUAGCCCUAAAAGUAUGAUCACUUCUACACAUUUGGGUGCUGUAAAGUCAUGGAAAAGUUUUGAAAUUUUGUCAGUGAAAAAGAGUGGGAACCCUGUAUUCCUCAUACAAACUCUACUCCAAAUUCUCCCCCAUAGCGGCAUACCUCAGUGAGCUUCAUUUGACUGGAGCCAAAUGCUGUGGGUGACUCCAAACUCCUUUAGUCCAUUUCUUUAUACAGGCUAUGGAUUACAGGAAGUUGAAAUCUAUGAAACUAUUAGUUGUACCAGGCUGUGCUGUUGCAUGUGGUACCCUCCUACUACCAAAUGCCAGUGGGUUUUAUGGCAAAUUAACUGUGAAUAAAGUCAUGGGCGUGCUGGAGCGAGAGUGGAUAUUUAAGAUGUUUAAAGUCUCAUCUUUUCUUUGUGUCAUGUUCACUGAAUGCUGGUAGAUUACAGGUUAAUUAUGUACAGGCUUCAUCUUGUAGCUCACUCAAUGGUUUGCUUUUGUCAAGUUAUAACGUUUAAAUUAAAGAUUUCUCAACAAAA